AUGCCGGUGCCAUCAGUAACCACCAGCGCAGCUGGUUCAUUAACUCUGCUCGAAGAUGAAGAUAAAGAUGUCAGAGUAUACGCCUUGAAUCAUUUGUUAGUCAUUGUGGGGCAGUUCUGGGCAGAGAUGAGUGACAAGCUAUCCUAUCUGGAAUUGCUCGCAGACCCAAUGUCGAAAGAAUUACCGGCGGAAUCACGCCCACAAGCAGCUUUGCUGAUAUCAAAGAUAUAUUACUACAUGGGUUAUCUGGAUGAAGCUGUGGAGUUUGCGCUGAAAGCUGGAACUGGGUUUGAAAAGGAAAAAGAAGGAGAAUUUAGACAAACUAUCAUCGCCGGAUGCCUUGACCGUGCGAUCGAACAAACUUCUCGUAGUGAAAAGAUCGAUCCUGCAUUGAGUAAUAUCGUAGAUAGCGUAUUAAGAAGUACUUCAGGGGAGAAUGGUAAACUUGCAAUGGGAUUGGCACUCUCUCUUCGCCGAUUGGAUCUUGUGGAAAUGAUUUACCUUACUUCUAGAGCACCUUCUCAACCUUCCACCUCGGCUCAAGGAGCGAAAUCGCAAGCGUCAAGACCCAGCCAUGAUGAAGGAUUACUCCGUUACGUCUUGAGCGAAGUCGUUUCAGGUGCCAGUGGGAAUGAAUCUUGGUCAGAGGAUUUCAGGUCAAAUCUAUUCAACCUUCUUCUCCGAUUGUUCCACUUCAACCCCACUCCUGACUGGAACAGUAUCACCACUAUCUGGGCGCAGAACUAUGACAUCGAUUCCGCUGGAGAUGCUCUCAUCAAAUUGAUCAACGAGUCGAAUCACUUGGACGCAUAUCAAAUUGCCUUUGACUUGAACGAAGUAGCUCCUCAAGCUUUCAUAGAAGGUAUCAGGAAGAAAUUGUCUGAAAAGGAUCUAGCUCCUCCUGCUGAGAACCAAGAUGAGAGCGAUCCUAAAGUCAUCUUGGAUAACAUUCUGCGUGGUAUCACAUCCGCCGAACUGUUCCUCAAUUUCCUUAACAAGAACAACAAGACGGAUAUGUCAAUAUUGAAAGUUACAAAAGAAACGCUUGAAGACCGAUAUUCAAUCUACCACUCCGCCAUAACGUUCACCAAUGCCUUCGCUCAUUGCGGUACCGUUUCAGACAAAUUCCUCCGGGAAAACUUGGACUGGCUCGGACGAGCGUCCAAUUGGGCAAAAUUCUCCACCACAGCAGCAUUGGGAUUGAUUCACCGUGGAUCAUGGGUGAAUGGUGUUAGAGUAGUCAAACCUUAUUUACCAGGAGGAUCAGCACCUAACAAAUUCAGUGAAGGUGGUGCUUUAUUCGCGUUGGGAUUGAUAUACGCUGGAAGAAAAGAAUUCGCGGAAGAAGAAUUGAAAAAGGGCUUAGGGGAAGGUAUGGAUCCUAUAGUCCAACAUGGUGCGGCGUUAGGUUUAGGUGUGAGCGCCAUAGCCACUGCCGAUGAAGAGAUAUACGAGCAAAUCCGAACCAUUCUAUUUGGUGAUAACGCAACUGCAGGUGAAGCAGCAGGUUACGCCAUGGGUCUAGUCAUGCUCGGUACAGGAUCUGAGAAAGCUUUAGAAGAGAUGUUAUCAUAUGCAAGAGAGACUCAGCACGAGAAAAUCAUUAGAAGUUUGGCUAUGGGAAUCGCAUUUGUCAUGUACGGUCAAAGGGAAAGAGCAAAUGGCGUCAUCAAAAUGCUAACCGAGGAGAAGGACGCAAUCCUUCGAUAUGGUGGAAUGUUCACUAUUGCUCUUGCCUUUGCUGGAACUGGAAACAACAAAGCUGUCAAAAAGCUCUUACAUGUCGCUGUUUCCGAUGUCAAUGACGAUGUUCGACGAGCCGCUGUUACCGCGCUAGGUUUCGUCCUCUUCAGAAAUCAUACUCAAGUUCCUAGGGUCGUCCAAUUACUUGCAGAGAGUUACAAUCCUCACGUUAGACAUGGUGCUACCUUGGCUCUUGGUAUCUCAUGUGCUGGUACUGGAUUGGAGACCGCCGUUGAAUUGCUCGAACCAAUGACUAAAGACCCAGUAGAUUUCGUCAGACAAGGGGCAUACCUUUCCCUCGCUAUGAUCUUGAUCCAACAAUCCGAAACUUCAUCCCCCAAAUCAGCAUCUAUCCGAGAACUGUUCGCUAAAGUGGUGUCAGACAAACACGAAGAUCCAAUGGCAAGAUUCGGAGCAUCAUUAGCUCAGGGUAUCAUUGAUGCCGGUGGUCGAAAUAUGACUUUAGCACUAUCAACUCGAGCAGGAACGUUGAACAUGAACGCUAUCGUAGGAAUGACAUUAUUCGUUCAGUUCUGGUAUUGGUUCCCUUUGGCACAUGGAUUAGGUCUAGCUUUCACUCCAACAGCUAUGAUUGCAGUUGACGAGCAACUGAAAAUACCUAAAAUAGAUUUAACAUGUAAUGCCAAACAGUCACUCUUUGCCUAUCCUUCAACAGAGAAGAAAGUCGAAGAGAAGAAGAAGGACAAGGCUAAGACUGCUGUUUUGAGUACAACCGCAAAAGCAAAAGCUAGAGAAAGGACAAAGAAAGCUGAAGCUGGGGAAUCUAUGGACACUGAUGAGAAGGAAGACGCCACCACUGAUAAACCAUCAACGGCUCAAAAGAAGAAACCUUCCGAACCAACUUCAUUCACUCUCCCUAAUAUGUCAAGAGUCACUUCAUCCCAAAUGGGUUAUAUAACUUUCCCCACCAAUGGAAGGUAUGAACCUAUCAGACCAUUAGCUGAGCAUCCCACACCUAUAAGCAACAAGGGUUCAGGAGGGGCAAGUGCUUCAGGAUCUAUCAUAGUCUUACGCGAUACUAAAUCGGAUGAAGAAUCAAACGGAGAAUAUAUUGAAUUGGAUAAAUCGCUAUGGCCGGGUACAGGUGCAGGUCAAGUUGCCUUCACUGAAGAUCAAGCUCCCGAAGUGCCGCCAACAGCAGGAGCAACUCAAGGAACAACGACACAAGUGCAAGACGAUGAAGAAGAUAUCGAACCUCCGCAACCCUUCGAAUAUCCUUUCGAAGAUUAG